AUGUCAGGUGAAAACAUGACAUUUGUGAAGGACUUUUUCAUUGUUGGUUUCCCUGGACUUCAUCCUAAAUACUAUGCUCUUGUGUCUGCAGUUAUGUUCUUAAUUUAUGUGUGUACUUUAAUUGGGAAUGGAUUUUUUCUUCUUUUGUUUGCAAGAAACAAAAGCCUUCAUAAACCCAUGUAUUUUAUUUACAUAAGUCUUGUGUUGUCUGAUGUGCUGUUCAGUACAUGCACUUUACCAAAGAUUAUUGCUAGAUAUUGGUUUCAUGAUGGGACCAUUUCUUUUGUAGCUUGUUUUUUUCAGAUGUACUUAGUGCAUUAUUUUGGGACAGUUGAUUCGUACACACUAGUCUUAAUGGCUCUAGAUCGAUAUAUAGCAGUUUGUUACCCAUUUCGUUAUCACACUAUUAUGUCAAAUAGGAAUAUAAUAGUUCUAAGCCUAGUGGUCUGGGUUUUUGCUCAUGGUUGCAAUAUAAUGACGGUUGUUCGGGCUCUUCCCCUGCCUUAUUGUGGAGCUAACACUAUUGUACACUGCUAUUGUGAUCAUGUAUCUAUUAUCAGACUUGCAUGCACUGAUAGGUCUGUAUAUCAUUUUCCAGCUUUAGUUUAUGCCAUGGUAAUAUUGCUGGGAUCUCUUGCCAUUAUACUGGUCUCCUAUUUCUGCAUACUCUUAGCUGUCCUACAAAUAUCAAGCACACAUGGGUGGCUAGAGACUAUUUCCACAUGUACUUCUCAACUCAUUAUAAUUGCAAUAUUUUUCUUACCCAGGUGUUUUUAUUACUUUGCUGUCUAUAUAGGUGUCAUAUUUGAUGCUGAUUUCCAAAUUGCUAUCAUUAUGCUAUAUAGCCUGCUACCACCAAUGAUCAACCCUUUAAUAUAUGGUCUAAGAACAGAGGAAGUCAAGAAGAUUUUGAUAAACUUAUUUAAAAAAAAAAAAGAGCCAAGGUAG